AUGCAAGCUCCGAAGGAUGUGGCACAGCCCAUCAACAUGGCCAGCAAGAAAAUGAAGAAGGAACAACAUUCUUGUGACCACGACGAACCUGAAUCCUGGGAUUGGAGCAAAAAUGGUGUCAUCACAGAAGUAAAGAAGUGGUUGGGCAUUUUCUGCCACGGGACCAUAGGAGCAAUACAUGCAAUAACAACAGGAAACCUUGUUAGCCUCUCCGAACAAGAACUCGUAGAUUGUGUAGACGCAAGCCAAGGUUGUUACAAUGGAUGGCACUUCCAAUCAUUCCAAUGGGUGAAAGAUAAUGGUGGGAUUGCCACUGAAGAUGAUUAUCCUUACAACGCUAAAGAAGGAACCUGCAAAGCCGAUGAGAUAUGUGAAUUAAUAUGUCAUUAUAUAAUCUACUCCCUCUUUCUUGUACCUUAUUUUGACAACUAA